CUGUGACAAAGAAAGAGCCGGCAGAAGGCCUUUGCUCUCUCCCCAACACAAGAAGGUGGGAACAUUGUGCGCCUCCAUGUUUCCGGAGGAAGGUGAUCUGGCUGCACAGAAAGAUGGCGGCGCGGCAGGAGGAAGCGGUGCGGGAGUUUGUGUUGGUGACCGGCGCGGAGGAGGAGCGGGCUUCUUUCUUCUUAGAGUCUGCGGGUUGGGACUUACAGUUAGCUCUGGCAAGUUACUAUGAAGAUGGAGGAGAAGAAGACAUAGUGACACUACCACAACCUUCCUCAGGAUCCACUUCUCGCGGGUCUGGGCCCAGUGAUCACAGAGUGACGUCUUUCAGAGAUUUGGUGCACGCACAGGAAGAGGAGGAGGAAGAGGAAGAAGGACAAAGGUUUUAUGCUGGGGGGUCGGAGAGGAGCGGGCAGCAGAUUGUUGGCCCUCCGAGAAAAAGGAGCCCUAAUGAGCUGGUGGAAGAGCUCUUCAAAGGAGCCAAGGAACAUGGAGCUGUUGCCGUGGAAAAAGCUGCCAAGAGCCCAGGAGAAAGCAGCAAAGCAUCGCCUUUUGCAGGUGGGGGAUAUCGGUUGGGGGCUGCCCAAGAGGAAGAAUCUGCGUAUGUGUCUGGAGCUCGCAGACAGCACCAAGGCCAGGAUGUCCACGUGGUGCUGAAGCUGUGGAAGAAUGGAUAUAGUCUAGAUGACAGUGAACUGCGCAGCUAUCAGGACCCUGGCAAUGCACAGUUCCUGGAGGCCAUACGCAGAGGAGAGAUUCCGGCUGAGCUGCGCAGAUUAGCCCAAGGUGGUCAGGUGAACCUAGAUAUGGAAGACCACCGUGACGAGGAUUUUGUGAGACUUAAAGCUAGCUUUAAAGCCUUUGCAGGAGAGGGGCAGAAACUGGGCAGUACGGCUCCCUGUAUCCUCAGUGCUGCCUGCCCAUCCCAGCAGGCAGAAAACGAGGCCAGGGCCAGCUCAUCAGUGACUGUCAGUGACUCUGAGCCUGUCACCAAUAUCCAAAUCCGACUGGCAGACGGAGGGAGACUGGUCCAAAAGUUCAAUCACAGUCACAGGAUCCGUGAUAUUCGUCUGUAUAUUGCGAGUGCCAGACCCGCUAUGGCCGCCACAAGCUUUGUGCUAAUGACUACUUUUCCAAAUAAGGAGUUGACUGAUGAGGACCAGACUCUGAAAGAAGCUAACCUACUAAAUGCCGUCAUUGUACAGCGAUUAAUAUGAUGUUCCCCAGCUUUCUUUACCACUCCCCCCUGCUGUUCUACCCUCCGCCAUGACUGGAGCUAUACUGUCUUGUAGUCCUGGGUUCCCAAUGCUUCGGGAGGACUUCUAAUGCUCUCUAGACGUACCUUUUGCAGGAUUUGUAAUAAGCAUUGGACUUAAAAGUGAAAUAAAUAGGAAAGAAAAGUAA